UAACGUUAACAACUAUAGCAUAGAAAAAUACAGUAAAAUACACCCCAAAACCGUGAGUCCUGUGCUCCAAAUUGCGCAUGCUUCGAACCGCGUUUUUGACUGAGCGAAACAAGGAAUUAUGGGACUUUCUUCUGGCUGCCAUCUACUUGAAGAGAACAUUUGAAUGUGCUGGUGCUGGCGCUGCCGCCGCUGCUGUCAACCUUGAACACGACUGCAGGCACAGUCACUCACUAUUUGACCACUCUUCAGUUCUUUUCAUCUGUUCUUCAAAAGCAGAGACUCACUGACAGACCACUCAGUUACCAGUUCUGGGGUGACACACCCACCCUGGCCCCCACCCCCAGUGUAUCUAUUACAGCUGAGGAAACGCACCAAACAAUGAUGGUGGUCCAGUUAAGAGUCAUUUUGGAAGAGCACAGAAUUGAAAAGUUAACACUCCCAACAGGAAUUCCUGAUACAGUGGAGGAACUUAUUUCCAUAGUGACUCAAACUUUCCAGUUGCAUGGGGAAUUUGGACUGCUAUACCAAGACAAAGACUUUGACAAUCAAUUUUUCAGCAUCACCUCAACUGCUGACUUGUAUGACAAGGCUACCGUUAAAGUGAUCCUCAAAGAACCAAGAUUUACCCUUGACCUGCACCCAGUAUGUGAACCAGGACCAUCAUCUACAUUAAGCUCUUUGACUUCUGUGAGCACCCAUCCUGCAAGUACUACUGAAAUGGACAUCUCCCCUGCAGAUAAUGAUGCAUCCUCACAAGCGUCCGACUGCACAUCGUCAAGUUCUAGGGACACCAUUAUUCUCCCUGAUUCAUGCCGCCUUUCUGCAUGGCCACUGCCAUUUCAAGUACCAGAGUUUUCUCGAGAUGUAGAACUAAUCCUUGCAGAGGCAAACAUCUCAUAUCAUGCAACUGGAAGACACUUCAUGGAUGCCAGUAUUAAAUCAGCGAUAAUGCAAGACCUUGCAAAAGUAAUUUUUUCGUAUACUGCUUACCCAACAAAUGAGCAGAUCCUCUCAGUUGCAGAAGCCUUGGUUUCCAAGUUUCCUUGUCUUAAGGAGCCAGGAUCAUUUGCAGGCUUAUAUGGCUGGCAGCAACGCAUUAAAAACAAGAUGCACAAUUACCGUGCCAAGCUAAGAUCUCGAAGAUAUUCGUACCCAGAAAUUGAAAUCAACACCUUAAAAAAGAAGCAUCCAGCUGAUGCAGUGCCAUCAAAAAAUGUAAAGAAGCCCAAAAAGGCAGAGGUUAAUUACCUCCCUCCGCACCCUACUGGUGAAAACCAAGAGACACUGGAGAAAGAGAGGCUUGAGUUAAUUUGUGAAAUAACAAAGAAAAACAAUGCAAAGAUAAUUGCAGAUAAAAUGAAUAAAACCUUCUCUAGCCGAAGAGUUGAAGUGGUCAGCCUCAGCCCAUCUGUGGGUGUGUUUAAAGAAAGGUGGCCAGCAUUAUUCACAGAGGCUCAGGUGAGAAUCACUGAUCAUUUUUCCUUGCCACCAAGAAACAUUCAUGCGAUUAGAUCUGGUCUGUCAUCUAAGAUGUCAUCUUUUGUUCUUUUACUUUCUAGAUCAGACGUCUCACAACAGUUUCCUUGGAGGAGACAUUCAUGCUGAAGCUUGAUGAGUACACUCCAGGUCUUUUGCAGCUGAUGCAUGCCAAAGGAGGAACUGCUGGUUCCAAGAUGCGCCCUCUGCUGGACACUUUAAAUGACACACAGAGCAUUGAGAAGAAAAGGGAUGCAGUUAUCUGCUGUCUUAUCAGCUACCUUGGUGAAAGACAGGAAGAUCUUUUCCAUGACUGCCAGGAACGUGAGGACUACACAGACAAAACUAUGAAGGUUAUCGUGAUGCACAGUGUCAUGGCUGAGGAGGAUCCAUCAGAUGUGUCGAUUGUGAUUGAGGGAAACCAGGUGAUGGAAGGCUGUGGAAGCCGAACAAAGGCAUGUGUGCUGCUGAUGGGACUCAUAUAUGCCCUCAACCUGGAAUAUCCGAAGCAGCUGAAGAACACAUUUGAAGCUUUUCAAAAACUUUUUUUGGAACUUGACGGGGCAAAACUACUGAAGAAGGUCCACAGCCUCAAAAAUAAACUCAUGCAAUAGACCCAGAUUUCCCCUUUUGCACCAUGAAGAUUUUCCGGUCGGACAUUGCUAAAUGGAGUUGCAAUGGAGUGUAGUUUUUUUUCUUUUUUGUCCCCUGUUCCCUUCUUUGCUCAACACAGACCCACCCGCAUCAACAGACACGGGCACAUAGACACAGAAAUCUAUUUACAGUUGGAUACAACCUCUCAGCCCACUCCAUUGCUCUCUGAUUUCACUAGAUUGGCAGGAAAGGAAAACCAAUAGAAAAUGGCCAGUUUGGCCAAUGCCACCAUGUGUUGCCUGAGGAGUUUUGAUCUCUUUCUCUACCCUCUUUUCCUCCAAAAUUGUUUUAUUCUUAUCCCGAGAGUGAGAGCAAGCAGAAAAACUAAAGAGUGUUGGUGUUCUAUCUUUAUCCAGAUGUUUGAUACAUAAACAACUUUGUAGUUUGUGUGUACUUUUGGCUUUUAAAAUAGAAAAGGGCUCUGAAAGCGUUGUUUGCAGAAGCUACAAACAUUUGAAGCAGUUAGCUUUGGCAGUUUUAAAAUGGGUUUAUUCAUUGAAAUGUUGUUUGAAGCUGUUGUACUGCACUUUAUUUUGUGUUGUUUGAUAAUUUGGUGCAUCAUUGCUGCAUAUAAAAAACAUUUGUUUUAUUAUUGAAUGUACAAAUGCACCUGGAUUGCAGAUUAGGUUGGUCGCUGUAGUGUAAAACUGAAGGAACACAAGUGUUUAGGUACAAGCAAAAUCAUUGGACAUCCCGUAGAGUUUUGCCCAAAUCUUUCUCCUUUCAUUUUUCUCUUUUUUGAUCUCCUCACAAUCGAGCCAGGAUGUCCCAAAACAGCAUUUUAUUGAAACAGAUUUUUUUCUUUGAGUUAUAAAACCGGGUCAAUAAAUGUAUGAAGCUGUUGUGCUGCACUUUAUGCUGUUUUUUUUCUGAUUUUGUGGAUUAAAAACA